AGUCAUACACUUUCUUUUUCUUCUAUUCGGAUGGUUGAUUAAAAUUUUACUCGGGGUAAAUGUCGUAUUAAAUAGUAUUUUAAUAAAAUUAAUCAUAAAUUUGUUAGUGCAUAUAAAAGAAAUUGUUUAUACUUUCGAAAAUGCACUAUUAAUAAUGCUUAGCUUAGUGAUAAACCGAAACUAAAAUUAGUUAAGGUCGUGUAAAAAAACAUAGCACUGUGCGAAAUAGAGGUGGUGUGCUGUGGUCUAGAAGAGGGGUUGGUGCGGGAGUUGUAACAUUGGACUCCCCUGCUUCAUGGAGCUAUAUGUACUUGUAUAUUUAAAUUUUUAAAGCACAAAUGUCUGUUAUGACACUGUAAAUAGGUAUAAGAACCAGGUGCAAUACCCACUUUAGGCAUUGGCCAAAAAUCAAAAUAGAGCAUAAAACCGAUCAGAAAAUGUUCUGCAAGUCGUUUACAUAAAUAGCUUAAUAGAUAGUCCAGAUUUCAUUGGCUUAGGUGGCUACUGUAUGUAUAAUUGAUAAGAAUAAGAACUCAGACUCUAAGUUGAUAUCUUGAACCAAGCACGGUAAACAACGCUACUAAAUUUCACUAUCUGCGUCGAAGUAGUUUAUACAUACUAAAUGAGUUGGCUACGCUCUAGCCCGCUGCGACAGAGCUUAACACGCAGCAGCGGAAACAGUUCACCAUUCUUUUCAGCUGCUAAUAGCAAUAACGGCCCAGGAGGCUCAACCACAUCAACAGCUUUACGACAAAGACCGAUCGACGCAGCCACAGACUGUGAUCCUCGAGCCUGUUAUGAUAGUUUUUGUAAACACUGGCAGCAAGCCUACGAAAUUAUUCAACGAUCAAAUGCACCACAGCGACCUUCUUCACACGAUGAUGUACUGGGCGUAGUAUCACAUCUUGAUUUUAUGGUGACACUGUUGCUAGUAGAAUUACAUCAUUGCAACAAAGUAUCAAUCCCCUCAGCAGAUGCCGCGCCACCACCUGCGCCAUGUUUAGAAUAUAUGCUCAGUGAAAACCUACUUGAUAAGCUAUACGAAUGGGGCUGUACCACAGGCCGUUACGCCAAUGCUGUGCGAUUGGAACAAUUAAAGUUGUAUGAACUACUUGUUAGUCAUUCGCGACAUCAGUUACUCUGUCAUGAACCCUUUCUGAGGCCGCUUUUGAAGAUACUCGCUUCGAGCCAGGGUGAAAUAUUUCCUCCAGAUUUGGAAAAACGUUUAGUUAUAUUAUUGAAUCAGCUAUGCGUGGUUUUAAUGCAAAACGUUCAUCUUCUCGAUCUGUUUUUCUUUUCGGCGGCACAGGAACAGCACAAACAUACUUCCAGUGACAGCGGACAAGAGCUGCUGCGUACCAACAAUGGUUCAAGCACUAAUUUCAUUAUAUUUUCACUACUUAUACCAUACGUGCAUCGAGAAGGUAGCAUCGGCCACCAAGCCAGAGAUGCACUACUACUCUGUAUGGCUUUGUCGCAAAAAAAUUCGAAUGUUGGCACCUACAUUGCACAGUAUUCAUCAAUGUGCCCGCUACUGGUAACCGGCUUAGGCGGUUUGUAUUCACGACUGCCCAACUCCAUUGAAAUAACAUCGAUUGACUGGCAUCGCAUAACACCCGACGACGUGACGGAAAUACCGGAACUGACUUUGUUUAUGAACGCCUUAGAAUUCUGCAAUGCUGUGGUACAAGUUGCCCAUGAGAUGAUUAAAAACCAGCUUUUAGAUUUUCUUUAUCAGGGCUUUAUUGUACCUGUACUGGGCCCGGCAAUAUUACAGACAUUGAAAGGCAAACAUUUCCAGACAAACGUUGAGUCACAAAUAUCAGCAAUGUCCUAUUUGGAUUUAAUAUUGAGAUCCAUAACAGAGCCAGGUUUACUGCGCGCCUUUGUCAAAUUUCUCCUGGAUACGGAAAAGUUUGAUGGAGAACGGAUAUUGGACAUAUUAAUAGAUCGUCUGGGUUCCACGGAUGCAAAUUUGUGUAUGGUAACAAUGGCAUUGUUCGAUACCAUGCUUGCGUUGCACUGCGAAGACCUAAUGCUGGAGCUUUUAUUGAAGUAUAUACUGCCCGGCAAGCAUGUGCCUAUUUCGCAUCGACAUAAAAUAAAUAAAAUCGACCCGUACACAAACACAGCCGAAUUUUUUCUGGACCUUACACCAGACGCAAUGAAACGCGCAAGAGAAUUAACUAAGCACAAAUCACUCGGUGACACAGUGGCAACACAACCACCGCACCCAGCGCUGCCUUCGCCAACCUCGACAAUGAGUAAAACCAUCGGCGCAAAUUGGAACUACUACGGCGUGCACACGGGCAACAGUCUCUAUGCCAACUUUCACGCGUACCUCUUUGAAGCGCAUUGCCGCAUCACACAAUGUAAGAAUGCCUGUUCCAAAUGGAGGAACACAUACAAAUACCAAAAGUGGCCACCAAAGAAUCUACGCGCACAGCAGACUCAGGCUAUAGAGAUGGUUAAACAAUUUUUCACUGAAUUUGGAGGAAAUGCUUUGACGGAAAACGAAAGCGCGAGUUCGGCUAUAAACGCCAGAGUUGCUGUGGAAAAAACACAGCCGGACAGUCUGCAGUCCAUAGGAGAAUCAAGCGGCUAUGAGUCAUUUAAGUGGCGACCCGUCGAUGAAGAUGGUGGUGAGUGUACAGACUCAACCGCUAAUUCCACAAUGCAUAUGUUAAGCUCAAGUGGCGCUGAAGGUGAGCUAGAUAAUAGUGGGAGCAGUAGCAAUAGCAACAGUGUAGCUGCGAAACAAUACAGAAAAGAAAUUUGGCGCGUAUCGAGCAACAACAACGAUUUAGUCCUUACUGAUUUAGACUUUUCGGAAGAUCUCUUUGCGCAAGGGACAGUAAGUUUAGGUCCCUUCCUAAACGCAAUAUGGGGUAAAUUGCAAACGUUCACCAGCAACACGUUAUAUGUAAACUUACAUCUUACUGGUUUGAUUACGCGGCUCGCCUGCUAUCCACUACCAUUGGUUCAUUCGCUUCUAUUGCGGCCGGACAUUGUUAUCACUUCGGACACACCAUCGUUCCAGCAAAUAUUACGCAUACUUAAGCAACAAAUUGAUGCGGAAUUGCCGAUGUGUGAGGAUUCGCUUGAAAUUGUCGAUGUGGCUCGCUCUUAUCUCAUCGACCGCGAAUUUCGUUUGAUAAACGCGCGUAAGGCGACGGACAAUUCACCAGUGCAUAUUGCUAAAAAUACGCUGCCUCCACAGCAGCAGCAGCGUUUCGGUCCGCAAACGACAUUCGCAGGCAUAUCGUCAGCAUCACCAGUACAAGUUACACCCUCAUCGUCGUAUGACCCCUUCAAGCGGAACGAUAAUAAGCGUAAAAGUAUCAGCAAAUCCAUAACUAGUAUGUUUAGUCGUAAAUCCAGCGCUUCAUCUGGCUUAUCACAAAUUUACGCAUUCUUCACCGGCGGCUCCUUAGCUUCAACAUUCUCCGCCAGUGGCAAUGGAUCAACAUCACAGCAGCAAACCUCCACAAUUGCGCAUAGCACUCGUGAAACAAGCUUGACGACAAUGCCCGGCUCUAUGGCUAUUUCCGAAUCAACAGCUGCAGACACCACAUCGCACAUUAUCCAAAUAUCGGGCAGCACAACAUCGCCGAGCGGUAUUGCAACGCACAACACACAUACACAUACGUACACACAACAAAGCAAUACUAUUGGAAUGAAUUCAAUACUUGUGUCAAGCAGUGGCGCCGCGAUUGGUGGUUCUGGCUCGGAACCGGUCUCAUUGGAUUCGCUUUCAUCUAUGGGCGCUAUAGCUAACACAAGCGGCACAGAACGCACAAGAGAUCUGGCACUAUGUGCUGUUUUACUUGAUGAAUGGCUUAAGGAAUUGGCAGCGAUUGCACAAGAGCAUAGCGUGGUUUUGCUGAACGAAAACAUUUGAUGGUGGCGUAAACGCCAUCGCAGACGAAAGUUAUGCUGUUGAUUGGUAGCGGGAAGAGGGGAAGUACCGUGCAAGGAAAUACACACGUACAUGUACAUAUGCAUGCAAAUAUGAUAUUUACUAAGGAUUAUCUAUAGAUAUUCAUAUAAGAAAAACUUUAUCCUUAAGGAAAACAAAAGGUUGAACAGAACAAUGCCAAUUAGUAAAAUAUAACUGUACUAAUUUUGUCGAAAAGCAAUUUCCAGUUACAUUGUACCUAUAAUACAUACAAUUAUUUGUCUUUCCCUAUUUUAAUUGUAAAUUUUAGCGACACAGGAAAUCUGUACACAAAGUUAAUGAUGUUUUCAAGAAUGGUUUUUGAGAUUCCCCGCUUGCAACAAUGCAAAGUAUUUUAAUAUUAUUGUAUUAUAUUUUUUUGUUGAACAAUUUUUAUAUUUGUUAUAAUUUUAAGUUAAUAAUGAUGCGAAUGUAUCGUACGACAUAUUAGUAUCGGGAAGAUCAAAAGAUUUUUAUUCACUAUUUAUAGUUUUGUAUUUUGAUACACAUAUGUAUGUAUAAUCAAAUUAAAAUUAGACCGAAAAUUUAAGACAAAAGCGAACAAAGCAGAAAGUGCCUCAUGAAUCCCUGUGUACUUUUGACUACUCAUACAAACA